AUGGAGGCUCUCUCGGACUUUGACAUCAACGACGCGCUCAAGACCUAUCUCAACAACCCACUGGAAACCCACACCCCCGAAGCGCAUCCCGAUCUGCUCGAAUGCGAACAUAGUCCCGAAGACUUGACUCCCGCCCUGGUCAACGCCAUCUUGAAUCCUAUCGUGGACGCCAUCACAGAGAAUCCCGAGGCUGUCGCCCGUCCGCCCAACUUUGACUCUUUGCAGUUUCUGCUCAAGUGCGCCCCCACCCGUCAACAUGACGCUACUCAGACACAUGUGCCUGACCAUGACCUCAGACAAUUCAACCUCAUCCCCACCCAGUCGCUCUCCAAGCUGCUCGACCUCGUCCUCUCCGCCCUCUCCGCCGAGGCCGACUCUGUCCACAAUGACAUCGAAGCCGACGAACAAGACUCGAUCCCUCAGCACAAGCUCCUCCUCGAAAUGCUGUCUUUCCUCCUCAUGUGGUGCUUCACCAGCGUCGAAACAAGAGUCGCUUCUGAAAAGUCUGCUGCACCCGCUGCUCGUGGACGAGGAGGAAAGGCUGCUGCAAAGCCAAAGGCUGGGAAAGAUGCUCCCUGGGAUCCUUCAAUACAGAUCCAGUCUGCCCUCAACACCAUGGCCAAGGUCAUGAAACUCAAGCUCGCCCGCAUCUUUGUCACCACUUCCGAACGCGACACUUUCAUUGGCCUCUUUACCCGUCCGGUCUACCUCAUGAUGGAGAACGAAGCAAGAGUCAAGAAUACUGCCAUCAAGAUGCAUGCCUUCAAGGUCUUGUGUAUUGCCGUCAAGCACCAUGGUCAUGCUUCGGGUGCUCAGACAAACAUCAUCCAGAGUCUUCUCUAUUUCGAACACCUCUCAGAGCCCAUGGCUGAGCUGCUAAACAUUCUGGCUGAGCAAUACGACUAUCCCCAACUCUCCGAAGAAGUCUUGCGCGAACUGAGCAACCAGGAAUUCAGCAGCAGCGACUUGAAAGGACCCAAGUCUGUUUCCACCUUCAUCACAAAAUUCUCAGAGCUGGCACCACGACAAGUCAUCAAGCAAGUCAUGCUUCUCGCCAAACUGCUCGACUCCGAAUCAUACACUUUACGUUGCUCCAUCAUCGAAGUUUGUGGCAACUUGAUUGCCAUGUUAAGCAAGCAGGAAGGAGAAGAGCGUAGCGAGAACCACAAGGGCCAGAUCAAUGCCUUCUUCGAAGUGCUCGAAGAACGUUUCCUCGACAUCAACCCUUACUGCAGAUGCCGCGCCAUCCAAGUCUACAUGAAGCUCUGCGACCUCGAAACAAAGUACCCCAAGCGCAGACAGACAGCCGCAGAUCUUGCUUGCAGAAGUCUUGAAGACAAGAGCAGCAACGUCCGCAGAAAUGCCAUCAAGCUACUGGGAAAACUCGUCCAAACACAUCCAUUCGCUGUUCUACACGGCGGUCAACUCUCGUACUCGGACUGGAACUCACGAUUGGAAGUUUGCGAAGCUGAGCUCAAUGCACUCAAGCCGCCGCAAGAGGCUGCUGGUAUGGUUGAACAACAAGACGCCACCGUCGACGAGGAGCUUUUAGAUGACGCCACACAAGUGUCGCCCGUCAAGGAGAAGCCAGCUAUGACCGAGGAGCAGAAACAGGCUGCCUUCGAAAAAGCCGCUGCCGAAGCGGUCACUGGCGAAAUGAUGUCCAAGCUGACCUUGACCCGCCGCUACUAUAUCGAGGCUCUGAAAUUCAUCGAUGUUCUUCACGAAGCGUCUCCGAUCAUCACUCAACUCUUGGCUUCGAAGAACAAGUCAGAAGUCAUCGAAGCCAUGGACUACUUUGUCAUCGCAGACGCAUACAAAAUCGAAACUGCCCGCACAGGUAUCCGAAAGAUGUUGCGCCUCAUCUGGACCAAAGGAAACAGUGACGAAGGAAAGGGUGUACAAGCUCAUCUCAUAGAAUGUUACAAGGGCUUGUUCUUUGACGCCCCAAGUGGCUUCUCUGCAAACGACGCUGCCAAUUUCAUCGCCAGAAACAUGGUCAGUCUGACUUUCGGAGCGACUGCCGCCGAAUUGACCAGUCUGGAGCAAUUGCUCAGCACAAUGAUGCAAUCCGACUUCAUCAAGGACGCUACCAUUCAGAAGCUGUGGCAGAUCUACGGCAUCGAGCGAAGAGAAAUAUCGAAGAAUCAACGCCGUGGUGCAAUCAUCGUUCUCGGCAUGCUCGCUUUGGCUGACCCUGAGAUUAUCAUAAAGGAGAUGGAGACAUGUCUUCGUAUUGGUCUUGGAGCAUACGGCAGAACAGAUCUUGUCCUGGCUAAAUUCACCUGCAUUGCGCUGAUGCGAAUGAACAACCCGAAGCAUACCAAAGGUGUUCAAGCAGCUCCCACCUCGACAAGACUGCCCAACGAUCAUGCAGUUCUUCAAAAACUCGCUGCUAUGGCAGACGUCAAAUCUACGAGUAAGGAGUGGUAUGGUCUGGCCGAGCAAGUCAUAAGUGCCAUCUAUGCACUUUCGAAACAUCCCGACGAGCUGGCAUCCGAGAUUCUCCGUUUCAAGACCAAGAAGGUUUUCUCACCGGCCUUGAUUGCCACCAAGUCAGAGCCGGAGGCAGAAUCUGUGAAAAUUGAGGACGGCGACGUUGAGAUGAGUGGUAUGGAUGAUGAGCCCAUGGAAGAUAUACCUCCGAUCAAGAAGGAAGAGGAAGAGGUCGAAAUGCCCAAGGUUGAGGACUCUGCACUGCCAUUGUCUCAACUACUGUUCACUGUCGGUCACAUUGGCAUCAAACAGAUUGUUCAUCUAGAACUCUGUGAGAUGGACUUUAAGCGCCGAAAGAUGGACAAGGAGAAGCAAGCUACUGCUGAUCCGGCACCAGUCAAGAAGGGCAAGGGUGCGAAGAAGUCGGAUGCCAAGGACGUCAAGGAAGAAGAGCAAGAUGACCUCGAUCUCAUCACAGGCACAACCGAGGAUGACUUUACGGACGCCAUCGCUCAUGUGCGUGAGAGAGAGCUUCUCUACGGACCUCAAUCUCUGCUGACAAACUUUGGUCCCCUGGUUCGCGAGAUUUGCAUGAACAACACCUCGUACGCCAACCAAGAGCUACAGGCACAAGCUGCUCUGUGUUUGGCCAAGCUUAUGUGUGUAAGCUCCGAGUACUGUGAGCAAAACUUGGGACUACUCAUCACAAUCCUCGAGCGUAGUCCGGAUGCCACAACGCGUAACAACUUGGUCAUCGCUCUUGGAGAUAUGGCGGUCUGCUUCAACCACCUAAUUGAUGAGAAUACCGACUACCUCUACCGUCGCCUAUCCGACAGAUCACUACCAGUCAAGCGCACAUGUCUUAUGACGUUGACGUUCUUGAUUCUCGCUGGUCAAGUCAAGGUCAAGGGACAGCUCAGCGAGAUGGCCAAGUGUGUCGAGGACAGUGAUGACAGAGUACGAGACAUGUCACGAAUGUUCUUCAGCGAGCUGGCAGGCAAAGACAACGCGGUCUACAACCAAUUUGUUGACAUGUUCAGCUUGUUGUCUCGCGAUGAAGAGCUCGAAGAGGAUCAGUUCCGUCGCAUCAUCAAAUUCUUGUCGGGCUUCAUCGAAAAGGACAAGCACGCGAAACAGCUUGCAAACAAGUUGGCAGCCAGAUUACCGAGAGCAGAAAACGAAAGGCAAUGGAACGAUGUCGCAUAUGCGCUCGGUCUGCUUCAACACAAGGACGAGGAGAUUACCAAGGUGGUCAACGAGGGAUGUGAUUUGGCGUUGGUGGAAGAUGCAAAAGUCGGUGAUGAUGGAGAUCAAGUGUUUGUUGAUUCCAUGCCAAAUCGGCAAGAGUCGGUCGGCAGGAGUCGGACAUUCGGUGAAGGAAUUGACGGGAGCCCGCAGCUUCUGCCCGAGAGCAAGGCUUGGCGCGGUUUAGAGAUUCGUCUCGCCAUGUUCUCCCACAUGAUCCCUCGCGCAUCGCGCCCGCUGCUCCGCUCCGCAAACAACACGUUCCGCGCCUCGCCUUCAACCCUUUACCUUGUCGACAAGGUGCAAUCAAGGAGAUCAUACGCCACCGAGACCGAGGAGAAGGAUUUGGUCAUCAUUGGUGGCGGUGUUGCCGGUUACGUUGCUGCCAUCAAGGCUGGUCAGGAGGGUCUCAAGGUCGCAUGUAUCGAGAAGCGUGGCUCCCUCGGCGGUACCUGCUUGAACGUCGGCUGCAUUCCCUCAAAGUCUCUUCUCAACAACUCGCACCUCUACCACCAGAUCCUUCACGACACCAAGAACCGCGGCAUCGAAGUCGGCGAUGUCAAGCUCAACCUCAAGCAGAUGAUGAAGGCCAAGGAGACAUCGGUCAACGGUCUGACCAAGGGUAUCGAGUUCCUGUUCAAGAAGAACAACGUCGAGUACAUCAAGGGUACUGGUGCCUUUGCCGAUGAGCACACCGUCCAGGUCAACCUCACCGAGGGUGGUGAGACCAGCGUCCGCGGCAAGAACAUCCUGAUCGCAACUGGUUCCGAAGCCACUCCUUUCCCCGGUCUUAACAUCGACGAGAAGAAGGUCAUCACCUCGACUGGCGCCAUUGCCCUCGAGACUGUUCCCAAGAAGAUGGUUGUCAUCGGUGGUGGUAUCAUUGGUCUUGAGAUGGCCUCUGUCUGGUCUCGUCUUGGUGCCGAGGUCACCGUCGUCGAGUUCCUUGGUCAAAUCGGUGGUCCCGGUAUGGACGCCGAGAUCUCAAAGAACAUUCAAAAGACUCUUGCCAAGCAGGGCAUCAAGUUCAAGCUCAACACAAAGGUCAUUGAGGGUGACGACAGCGCUGCCGACGUCAAGAUCAAGGUCGAGGCUGCCAAGGGCGGCAAGGAGGAGACUCUCGAGGCAGACGUCGUUCUGGUCGCCAUCGGUCGCCGUCCCUACACCGCCGGUCUCGGUCUGGAAAACAUUGGCCUCGAGGCUGACAACCGUGGCCGCAUUGUCAUUGACCAAGAGUACCGCACCAAGAUCCCCCACAUCCGCGUCAUUGGCGACGUAACAUUCGGUCCCAUGCUCGCCCACAAGGCUGAGGAGGAGGCCGUCGCCGCCAUCGAGUACAUCACAAAGGGUUACGGUCACGUCAACUACGGCGCCAUUCCCUCCGUCAUGUACACACACCCCGAAGUCGCCUGGGUCGGUCAGAACGAGGCCGAACUCAAGGAAGCCGGUGUCAAGUACAACGUCGGCUCGUUCCCCUUCUCGGCCAACUCGAGAGCAAAGACCAACGCCGACUCUGACGGUAUGGUCAAGUUCCUCGCCGACUCCGAGACCGACCGUAUCCUCGGUAUCCACAUUGUCGGCCCCAACGCCGGUGAGAUGAUUGCAGAGGGUGUUUUGGCACUCGAGUACGGUGCUUCGUCCGAGGAUGUUGCGAGAACUUCGCAUGCUCACCCUACCCUCGCCGAAGCAUUCAAGGAGGCUGCCAUGGCCACUCACGGCAAGGCCAUCCACUACUAA